AUGACCUCCCACGUGACUUCAGGCACCAAGAAGUUCGUCGUUUCCGUCGUCAACAGCAAUACGCAAACGCUGGAACGGGGAUUCCUCGUGUUCGGAAAGUCCGAAUCGCCCAGGAUCACUCAGAAGUUCGUCAUCCACAUUGCGGCCGGUAAUGAGGCGGUGAAGAAGGUACGUGGCGUUCGGAGACAGUCGAAAAACUGGUAAUAUUUGCAGAACAUUCCUAUCAGAAACCCUUAUGGACUUCCGAAGACGUUCCGGAUAACUACAUCUCAUCCGGAUAUCGUAAAAAUAUCCGAACCGUUGAUGUCGAUUCCUGCGAUAAGAAAACUUCCAUCUGAAAUGUAUUUUGUGAAGACGUCACAUCUUCAGAAGACUAUCGAAGUAAGCAUCGUUGACAAAUAGUCGCUUCUAUCCAUUUCUGUUUUACAGACCCUCCUGUACAUAUCCGAUGCGGAAACUUACGUCCAAGAAGAAGCCUACGCCUUGACUCUCAUAUUUGAAGCCUCAUAG